CAACGUCAUAAAUGUCAUUCAAUUCAAUCAUUCAUUCCCGUUUUGUGUGACUAAUUUUGUGUUUGUGUAGUUAUUUUAAUUUGUUAUCACAUUUUGUAUAAACCCCUCGGUCUGUCUUAGUACAAUGUUUACAUUGAUAAGAGUGGACACUGUUUACAAGCUUUCAUAGAGCCAGCGAGCGGCGCUGUAGUGAGCGGCUCACAUAAAAGUACCUCACAAUGUCUGUUCACACACAAGUUAUUGUGCUAAUUUCCUUAUUUGUCGGCUCGUGUGUGCCGAAGUCUGUCGAGAUCGAGUCCCCUCUUCUUCACAACUACACACACUACGAUGACUUAGUGAAGCUGUUCCACGGGUACGAGAAAACGUACCCUGAUUUAGCGAAAGUCAGUUCGAUUGGGAAAUCGAGUGAAGGGCGAGAUCUGCUGGUGCUGCAGAUCACUGCUGAUGUGGGCGCGAGCCACCCGGAGCGGCCCGCCUUCAAGUAUGUGGCCAACAUGCAUGGGGACGAGGCAGUGGGCCGGCAGCUGGUGGUCUACCUGGCUGAGUACCUGCUCACUAACUACAAGAAGGAUGAGAGAAUCACUAAUUUGGUCAACAACAUUGAUAUUUAUCUGAUGCCCUCUCUUAAUCCGGAUGGAUUUGAAGCUAGUAAGGAGGGUGACUGUUAUUCCGAAACAGACUCUGUAGGUCGAAAUACGGCCAAUGGCGUCGACCUAAACCGGGACUUCCCCGACCAGUUCGACAACCAGCCCUCCAUCACUGAUGACUAUCUUUAUAAGGGUCGUCAGGCGGAGACGCAGGCCAUGGUGCGCUGGCUGCUGCGCAAACAGUUUGUGCUGUCCGCUAACCUGCACGGCGGCGCCAUCGUCGCCAGCUACCCUUAUGAUGAUAUUAUGGACACCAAGACAGACUCCUGCGUGAACAGUCCUACUCCCGACGACGCUCUAUUCCGUCACCUAGCGCGUGUUUACGCGGAUCGCAACCCGCGCAUGCGCGCCGGCGACGCCUGCCCGCCGGAGCGGUUCAUAGACGGGAUUACUAACGGCGCCUUCUGGUAUAAUGUUAAAGGCGGCAUGCAAGACUUCAACUACCUGCACUCCAACUCGUUCGAAGUAACUUUCGAGUUGUCCUGCUGCAAGUACCCGGCUGCUGCACGACUACCGUCCUUCUGGAAGGAGAAUGGAGACGCCAUGUUGGCGUUCAUGGAACAAGCGAGAACUGGCGUGGCGGGAAAAGUUAUUGACCAAAACAAGGAGGCGGUCAAGGGUGCAAAGAUCAGAGUGGUGGGGCUGAACCACACGGUGGCGACCACCGAGUCCGGGCACUACUGGCGGCUGCUGCUGCCCGGGGAAUACCAGAUCACUGUUGACGCUGAUGGAUACGAAUCCCCACCACCGGUCUCCGUGACCAUCCCCAACAACCAAACGUCGCCAGUUGUCCUCAACAUGACGCUAGGACGUCGAUCCCGCGCGUUGCAGCCAGAACACAGGCCAGCGCGUGACCACGCCCGCCCUCCCGCAGCUGACUUCGUCCACCACGACUACCUGAUGAUGGAGAGCGUCUUGAAGACCCUGGCGGAGCAGUACCCGAGCAUCACAAGGCUGUACUCUAUAGGGAAGUCAGUGGAGGGACGCGAUCUGUAUGUGCUGGAGGUGACGAAAGACCCUGGUGUGCAUAUUCCUGGCAAACCCGAAUUCAAAUACGUGGCCAACAUGCACGGCAACGAAGUGAUCGGCCGCGAGCUCCUCCUUCUACUAGCCAAGUACAUGUGUGAGCAAUACACCGGCGGGGACCAGUACGUGCAGCGGCUGAUGAAUACCACACGGAUACAUCUACUGCCGAGUAUGAACCCUGAUGGAUACGAGAGGAGUCACGAAGGGGACUACAGCAGCCUGAAGGGCCGAGCUAAUGCGAACAAUGUAGAUCUGAACAGAAACUUCCCUGAUCAAUUUGGGCAAACAAAGGACAACGCAAUAACAGAGCCGGAAACGCGAGCCAUAAUGAACUGGUCGCUAAGCCUGCCAUUCGUGCUUUCCGCAAACCUCCACGGGGGGGCGCUAGUAGCGAACUAUCCGUACGACGGGUCCCCGCGUAGGGUCAGCGGUCAGGCGUACCUGUCGCCGGAUAACGAUGUGUUUGUGCACUUGGCGCAUCUCUACUCUGACAAACACCACAAAAUGCAUCUCGGUCUGCCGUGCAAGGAUCUGCCCAAUGAGAAGUUCCCAGAAGGCAUCACUAAUGGCGCUGAAUGGUACGUGCUAAACGGCGGCAUGCAGGACUGGAGCUACCUGCACACGAGCGACAUGGAGCUCACGCUGGAGCUCGGCUGCUUCAAGUUCCCGCCCGCCGCCGACUUGCCCGGCUACUGGAAGGACAACUUGCCCGCGCUGCUGGCCUUCAUUGAUGAGGUGCACAACGGCGUCACAGGCUUCGUGCACAGCCACAUCGGGCACCCCCUCCCUGAUGCCAACAUCACAGUAGAAGGGAUAGAACACAGCGUGAGAACUGCAAAACACGGGGACUACUGGCGACUGCUGCUGCCCGGGACGUAUAAUGUCACUGCUAGUAAAAGAGGUUACGAGAGUAUAACGGAGCGUGUGACGGUGCCGGCCAACGGCUCGGUGAGCCUCAACUUCACGCUCAUGGCCGACGACCCGCAGCACUGGUCCUCCGCAUACGACUUCCGAGUGCUAGAAAACAUCAUCGGCGCCCGCUACCACCACUCAGCUGAAGUGUACGGGCUGCUGGCCGAGCUGGAGAACAAGCACCCCGACACCGCGCAGUUCCGGGCCGGGGACAGUUUGCACACCGCGCUACUGCACCGCUUGGAGGUCACUGAUUCGCUAGGAGCGCCAGAAGAAUCCAAAUUCCGCAUCGCGUUCAUAAGCAACCUCUACGCCUCACAGCCGCUCGGACAAGAGAUGCUUAUCAACUUCGCACGUCACAUCACCACCGCCUACUCCCUAGGAGAACCUAUACACAAGAAACUGCUACAAAACGCCGUCCUACACUUCAUUCCUAACUUAGACCCGAUGACUGACAAAAUUAUCCAACAGUACGAUGGCACGAGUAAAUGUGUUAUAGAUUCUAUGACUGAAGAAUUCGGGGACAGUUUGUAUAGCUACAUAACUAAGAAGAAUAUAAACCCAUUAACAAAUUACACGCGAGAAAAGGCAUUCGUGAGGUUGCUAGAGCUGGAAAAAUACGAUUUGAUUCUUGACUUGUCUUCGGGGACGGAAGACGUGGCCGCUCCAGAAAGUUCUACUAUCUACGAUAAGUUCGCGCAAAUGUACCAGGACAACAGAGAACUAGACAGUUCUGAGUGUUCUGAGUUGAACAGUAACGUGGUACACGGGAGCUUGAUCGAUGAGAUAUAUGAGAAGUUCAAUACGCCUAUUAUAGCACUCGGGUUGAGUUGUUGCAAGAUGCCGGCGGAGAGUGAAAUAGCGAUGGUGUGGAGGAAUAAUCUGCAAGGGAUCAUGAAGCUCGCUAAAUUGCCUAAUACAGGCAUAACCGGCACAAUAAAGAACGAGCUUGGCUCCCCGAUGCGAACAGCCACUGUGUCCAUAUCGGGCUCCGGCGCGCGCCCCGCCAGCGCCAACAUGGCGCGGUACCGGGCGCUGCUGCCGCCGGGCCGGCAUACGCUCACGGCCUCCUGUCAUGGGUAUGAUGACAAGGUGAUAAACGUGAUGAUCGAGGAGGGCGUGCUCAAGGUCAAGGACAUCGUGCUGCACCGCACCAACGCGGACCGCCUCGCUGGAGGACAGUUCGAGGACAUCGCCGUGCCCACUGACAACCCUAACCUGGUGCAUGUUACUGGUCUUCUCCUAGACCUCAACAGCGAACCAAUCCCCGGCUCCAUCACCGUCUACCCGCUAACCCACACACUGCAUGCCGUCUCGCUCGCACACACGGCUGUGGACGCGGCCGGGAGAUUCGCUGUCUCGCUCCCCGUCACGUAUAUGGGGAAGGAGGUUAAAGUGACUGCCAAGGCUGAGGGAUAUGUUAGCACGGAGCGGCAUGUUAAGGUGAGCGGCUCGGAGGCGGUGACGGGCGGCGUGCUGCUGAAGCUGGAGCGCGACGACGCCGUGCUGGGCAUGCCGAGACUCGUGUUCGUCAUGGUGUCCGGCGUGGUGGGCGUCCUGCUCGUGAUGCUGGCCGCCUGGUGCCUGUCCUGCCGGCGCGAGGACCCGUCGCGCCGCGACUACCUGUUCCAGCCGCUCGACAGUGAGGACAAGCGCCCUCUGUGCACAGAUCCUGAAGUUGCUGAUAUAGUCCGCAAGCCGUACUUCGACGAGGAAGACAUCCCGCCGUCCGAGACCGACUCGGAGGACGACAUCGUGCUGCUGCGGAACGACCGCGAGUGGAGGCAGGCCGAGUAGACACCAG